GGCUGUAGGCAGGCAGGCGUGGUAGUUCGCAGACUGUGCGCUGUAGCGCUCGCGAGCCGCAUGAGUGAGCAACGCGUGGUGUUGUCAGUGAAGUAAUUGGCUACUGGAGCUCUCUGUUUCGACAGGAGUGGCAGAUUCCUUCCUUCGAGGUUUGUGGACAAGCUGGUGACAGGAUGUUGCGGGCGCCAUGUUAGCGCGCCUUCUGCCACGGAAGAACUUCCCGUGCACUUGACAGAAGCUAAGAUAAGCAAAGCCUCAGUCGCCUCAUCGGGAGCCCUAGACAACAAAUGUGGUCAUUUUGGUAACGCUGCUGGUUUGUCGUCAGUAAUAGUGAUAUGAGCACUGGUGGUGACCCUCCCCUCGUCGUCGUACCCUGCACCCGGCGUGACGAAACGUCGGCCCACAGCAGCCGCUGUCCCGCAGUUCGCACGAUUCAAUGACGUGCUGCCAUUGGUCCGGAUUGUGUUUCUUGUAACCCCCACCGAAGCUGCUAUGUGCCAGUUUCGCGGGCGACGAAGCGACCUUCUUCAAGGUGUAGUAAUAGUGACAGUCUUGCUCCUGGCGGUCCUGGUGUCGGUCCCCGUGGACGGGAAGAAUGCGACGGCAGCGGGGGUGGUGCGCCUGGCAGUUAUAGCGCCGGCAGAUCACGAACAUGAGCAGUCCCUGUAUCGCGUGCUGCCCGCAGUGCAGUUGGCGGUUCGUAAAGUAGCGGACCCCGUGACGGGGUCCCUUCCCGGCUGGGACAUCCGCGUGGAACACAGGGACUCCCACUGCUCCUCGACAUUUGGGCCCCUCGCCGCCUUCGAGUUCUACAUCAACCGGAGCGCAGAUGCUUUCCUGGGCCCCGUGUGCGACUACGUCAUUGCACCCGUGGCCCGGUACGCCGGCGUGUGGGGGAUCCCCGUGCUGACGGCCGGGGCGCAGGCCGACGCGUUCCGCCACAAGCCUUUGUCUUACCCGACCCUGACUAGAAUGAUGGGUUCAUACCGGCUGGUGGGCGAGGCGCUACGUCACAUCCUGCACGUGUUCGGCUGGCAGGUGGCGGGCAUGCUCUACCACAACCACGGGGUCGGGUCACCACGUGGCAAUUCCAUGUGCCACUUCACCCUGGGAGCAGUGUUCACGGCGCUCAACCAGACGCCGGCACACCGCAGCUUCAAUGAGGACACGGCGACGCCCCAGGAGUACCGCGAGCUUCUGCAGUUCGUGUCCAGGAGCGCCCGGAUCGUGGUGGUCUGCGCUAACCCGAGCACCGUGCGGGAGAUCCUGUUGGCUGCUGAGGAACUCAACAUGGUGGACAGUGGGGAGUACGUCUUCUUCAAUAUCGAGCUCUUCAGCAGUAGCGAGGGCAGCAUGAAGCCCUGGGAGGUGCCUGAGGACACCCCGGAGCGCAACGAACGCGCCAGGAAGGCGUUCAGCGCCCUGCUGACGGUGACUGCCUCCACCCCCGACAACUCCGAGUACCGCGCCUUCUCGGAAGAGGUGAUGCGGUUGGCGGGCGACAGAUUCAACAACCAAUCGGUGUCCACCUUCGUGACGGCGUUCUACGACGCGGUGCUGCUGUACUCGCUGGCCCUGAACGAGACCCUCAACGAGGGCGGCUCCGAGAUGGACGGCAGAGCCAUCACCCAGCGCAUGUGGAACAGGACCUUCAGAGGGCUCGCCGGUCAAGUCAAUAUUGACGCAAACGGAGAUCGAAUUGCUGACUACUCUCUGCUGGACAUGGAUCCUGUGACCAGUUCGUUCCAUACAGUGGCGAACUACAUCGGGGCCACCCGGACGCUGGAGUACGUUCCUGACACGAAGAUACACUGGGCAGGGGACCGGACCGAUCCCCCACCUGACACGCCCACCUGUGGUUUCGACAACUCCCUGUGUCCGGACAACUCGUUGCCAGGAUACGCCAUCCUCAGCAUAAUCCUGAGCUCCGUCGUCGUCUUUCUAGUCAUUGCGUCCGUGUUCAUCUACCGACACUACAAGCUCGAAGCUGCCAUCGCGUCGAUGAGCUGGCGCGUCCAGUGGUCGGACAUCCUGGUGAUGCCUGCGGGCAAGGCUCGCGGUAGCCUGUACAGCCUGGCGAAGCGAGGGAGCCAAGUGACGGUUUUCUCCGAAGACGCCCUCAGCAUCGGGGACGGCAACCGGCAGGUCUUCGUUCCGACGGGCUUCUACAAGGGGACGAAAGUUGCGAUCAAGACAAUCAACAAAUCGAGGAUCGAGCUGACGCGCCCUCUGCUGCUGGAGUUCAAACGGAUGCGCGACCUCCACCACGACCACCUCGUGCGCUUUCUCGGGGCCUGCGUCGACCCACCACACGCGUGCCUGCUGACCGAGUAUUGUCCGAAGGGAAGUCUGCAAGACAUUCUGGAGAACGAGCAGUUCAAGCUGGACUGGAUGUUUCGAUACAGCCUGAUGCACGACAUCGUCAAGGGCAUGAGUUACCUGCACAGUAGCGACGUGAAGUCGCAUGGCUCGCUGAAGUCGUCCAACUGCGUCGUCGACAGUCGCUUCGUCCUGAAGAUCACAGACUUCGGUCUUCACGGCCUCCGCUGCUCCGGAGAGGACGCCGACGACAAAGACUCUUACGCGUACUGGCACAAGCAACUGUGGACCGCCCCUGAAUUGCUUCGCAUGGGCUCACAGAGGCCCCCAGAAGGGACCCAGAAAGGAGAUAUUUACUCUUUCGGCAUCAUAGUUCACGAGAUCAUCACGCGACAGGGACCUUUCUACCUGCACAACGUGGACCUCUCACCACGAGAGAUCGUCGAGAACGUGAGGAACGGGCAAAAGCUCAGUUUCCGGCCGACGGUGGAGCAGCUGACGUGCGAGGAGGAGGUCGUCAGCCUCAUGAGACACUGCUGGGCCGAGGAGGCGACCGAUCGGCCCGACUUCCACGCUCUGAAGACGGCCGUCAGGAAGAUCAACAGUGACUACGAGAGCAGCAACAUCUUGGACAACCUUCUGUCUCGCAUGGAGCAGUACGCCAACAACCUGGAGGCGCUGGUCGAGGAAAGAACUUCGGACUACUUGGAGGAGAAACGCAAGUGCGAAGAGCUUCUGUAUCAGCUGCUCCCAAAAUCGGUGGCCAGUCAGCUGAUCCUGGGGCAGUCGGUCAUAGCGGAGACGUACGACAGCGUCACCAUCUACUUUAGCGACAUCGUGGGCUUCACAUCCCUGUCUGCUGAGAGCACGCCGCUCCAGGUGGUGGAUCUUUUGAAUGACCUGUAUUCCUGCUUCGACUCCAUUAUCGAAAACUUCGACGUGUACAAGGUGGAGACCAUAGGAGACGCGUACAUGGUGGUGUCUGGCCUGCCAGUGCGCAACGGGACCGCGCAUGCGCGGGAGAUUGCGCGCAUGUCGCUGGCUCUGCUGUCGGCAGUCCGUGGGUUCACAAUCCGACACAGGCCCUCGGACCAACUGAAACUGCGCAUUGGAAUGCACACAGGUCCGUGCGUGGCGGGUGUCGUCGGCCACAAGAUGCCUCGCUACUGUCUCUUCGGCGACACAGUGAACACGGCCUCCCGCAUGGAGUCGAACGGCUUGCCCCUUAAAAUCCACGUGAGCCCCAAAACAAAGGCAGUUCUGGACACUUUUGGAUCAUUUGAAUUGGAACUGCGAGGUGAAGUGGAGAUGAAGGGAAAGGGCAAGGUCACGACCUACUGGCUCCUUGGCGAGAAGACGCCGUGCCUUUCGAACGCGGUGGGCGCGGCUGGCGUCGCCAACGCAGCGAGCAGCGUCGUCGCAGCUUCGGACGCCGCCCCCGCCCCCGCCCCCGCGUACUCGGUGUCCUUUUCGGCGCUGCCCGUCCUCUCCAGUAGAACCGGAAGUGCUUCGUCGCCCAAAUCAAACAAAAGCAACAGCAGAGGUAACAAUACGGCGCCCGCCGCCGCUCACAAGCUGAACAGCGUCGUUCACACGCCGAGGCCAAACGCCGCGACGCCUUUGCUGUCCAAGGACAUUAGCGCGUAAAGUUGAAACUGAGACCCCUGGUGUACGUACAGUAGGCUUGAUCGUUUUGAUUUAGAUCUGUUGUAACAGUUCAUAACAACUUCGCUGACAGUGGCCCUUGGGCUAGAAGCUUUUCUGACGUCCCGCACUAGAAACCCUUCCUCUGAGGAUCGUGGAAGACGUGAAUUGUGCGACCUCAGUGACGAGAAACUGAGUCUGGGGUGGAUUGAACUGGCAUAAGUGAUGGAAGAGGGAAUCUGCUCUGAGGAGUUUUGUGACGGGAUCCGCUUGUGCCACCUGCCUAAAACUCUAACGCUAAUAAUUAUUUAUUGUGGUGGCACUCAGGGAAGACCACUAGCGAACUACUUUCAGGAUCUCUCAGUCCCAGGAACAGCGCCGUAGUUUGAAUCAUGAUUCUGCCAACAAACACAAAAAAUGUAACCAACGCUGUUAAAGCUGAUGCUAUAGAAAAUCGGCAAGUCCCUUGUAGUCAGAGCUUGUGUAAGAGUGGAACAAGUUUUUGAUGUCCGAAUUUGAUUUUAUCAGUUUGUAACCAGACAUGAAAUAUUUGUGAGUGUAAGAAUAAGUGUUCAGAUUUAAGCUCCAUUGUGAUGUUAAGAUAAGAAAAUGUGUCAAAUUCUGUUAUUUCAGUAUGAAAUCGGAAGAAAUUCAAAAAUUAGUCUCCUUUUCAAAAGGAUCGAGUUCUUCAACUUGAGUCAUGUCACUCUCUCCUCUGCUGAGUAAAGCACAGAGCUUGUCCUUUUUAAAGUCGACCGCAGUCACUCAGCUGUCGUAAAUGUUACGACCAUGGAUCGGUUAACUCCGGACUGCAAAGUCGAAGAAUACGUAAGAAUUGAACUUAGUUCAAAGCCGUGGAACAUUUGUUAACUUCAGAAUGUUGUCAGUGGUACUUAAUCUCAGCAUGUGAAAUUAUCAACGAUUUCGUAACGUAUCUUUAAUUUAUUUUGAAGAUAUAAAUUGUCCUUUAUAAUAAUAUUUCAUCUGCAGACCUAUUAAUACGAACGGCGUAUCGGUUCAGAAAUAUUUUGUGGUGCAGGAACCACAUUUACUCCUGGUUCCACCGCGGUGCAUCGUUUUUGGCAAAGUGAAUUUGGAGCCAGGAAAAUUAUGGUUUCACGAACUCUUAUGAAAUUUUCGUUUUGCAACUUAAACGCGUUCAUCAUUAUGAAUAUUUGUGUGUCUUGCCUCAUUGUCAGUGUUAUACUAGUUAUUUGUCCUGAUCGAUUUGAAAUACAGACGAUUAUGUACAGAAAUACGUGGGUCGUCUCGACUGUGUUAAUAACCAUAGCAAUGUUAAUAAUUUUAAAAGUACCUGAUUAAAGUGGCGUGUUACUUUCACCGGGGCUGUACCAACAAUUCCUCAGACUGUCUCUUGCUUGCAUCGCCAAAGCUGCGUUACGCAAAUGUAAUCGCAUGUUGGAAUAUUCAGUUGUUUUUAAAUUCGUGAACAUAAUUUGUCUUGGAGCGUGAAUUGACGCCUGAUGAAUGGACCUGACGUCUUUCCUACGCCGUCUGCUACUGAACACAAGACAGAAAUCGAGCAAAUAUCAAACAAAAUGUGAAUAAGUCCGGAGCAGAUGACGGAGGAAUCCGGGCGUCACGUGCAAAGGGAGUUCACGCCCCCUGUGAAGGUAGCAGUGGACCGAGAAGACUCCUGAAGGAAAUUAGAGAAUUGUUACGUCUGUUACCAGAAAUCGAUGCAUAAAUAACAUUAAACGUAAAA